UUAGGAUUCGAUUUUCAUUACUUGUUAUAGCUAAUCAAGUUUCUUUUUAACCUUUACUUAAAACAAACUAUACUCUUUAUUUAUAUUUACUAUUGAUGGCAAAGAACGAUGAUCAAAUAUACAUCCAUUAUGGAAGGUAUACAAGUCGUUCUCGGCCAUUACUAACUGAGACGUAUAUAUGACUACUGUUUUUACUGCCCAGGCCAAACAGCAAGGAUCAAAACUCUAAUCAGGGCAACAGGUAUACAAGUCUUGUUGAGCUUUUACUUACUGUCAUUUAUAUCUUUCUAGUGUUUUUUCCUUAAAGUUCAAAUAUCAUGGAUCCGAUUUAAAAUCAAGGUUACAGCCAGCCAUCAAGGAUCCAAUAUCUGUCCAGUAUUACAUGUAUAAAAAUGUCAUUGGGCCGUUGCUUAGAGCUGUUUUCGCUUCUCUAGUGUCUUUACGGUCAAGACAAACGGUCAAAGACCUGGUUUUUAUAUAGGGAUACAGGGUGACACAUCUCUUUGAGUUUUUACCUAUUGCAGGUUGUAUUUUCUCUAGUGUCUUUACAGUCAAAUUCAGCGCUCAAGGAUCCGAUCUCCAACCAAAGUUACAGGCUGUGAUCCUCAUCCAAAGUAACAGCUAUGAAAUUCUGCUUAAACCUUUACCUAUUAUGGCUUAUAAUGGUUUAAUGUGUUUUACUGUUCAGAUGAACUAUCAAGCAUAUGGUAUCAGUCCAGUGUUAAAGAACCCUUUCUCUCUUGAACCUUGGAUUUUAGGACAGGACACGCUUACUCGCUUGGGUUCAGAUUUAGACUUUGCAAUGAUCAGUUAUCAGAUUGUUGAAGCUCUCAAACCCUUGAUUGUAUGUGUAGCUGAUGCAGAAUUAAAGGUGAAAGGACCAGAGAAUAGCUAG